UUUUUUAUCACCAUUUAAUAAAUAUCCAGCCUUUGCACCAACCGGCCUGUCCUUCCUUUUUUAAUUCUGAAAACCCUGUUUCUGUGUUCGCGUGCCACUCACAAUAUGGCGGACAGACACGUUCCCCUACUGAGCUCCGUCUUCCGGGUCGAAUGGAAGGAGGCACAACGCUUCCUGCUGCUACCAGAAGUAUCGUUGAUACGGGGUCAGGUUCUGGGCUCAGCUGGGUCCAGACUGGGACCAGUUCGUCUCCACAGAAUAUGGUUUGCUCCUGCGCUUUCCCGGGCUGCGCUAACAGAGCCAACUCCUGGUCGCCGUACAGGUUCCACCGCAUUCCGCUGGCGGACCUCCACCUCCGGAUGCUGUGGCUGUCGGUGCUGGGGAUGGAUGUCAACACGCCGCCAGCCGCGCUGAAGCAUCUCCGCGUCUGCAGCGCUCACUUCACGGAUGAUGAUUACAUCGGGAAGAGGGAGAAUAAUAAAGGACAGCUGCACCUGAAGGACCACGCGGUCCCAUCCGCCCAGCUUCCUGCAGAAUCUCUGGCAGCCGAUACUGACCCAGAGGUGAAAGGUCAAAGCGUCAACGACCCGCCUGUGUCCGUUCAGAAGCAAACCGUUACUCUGAAAAAACCGAGGACAUCGAAGCCUCCAAAACCUCAGGUGAAGAAUAAAGGAGCCCAGAAUGUCCUGUUGAUUCCUCGGGAUCCCCGCUGUGACGUCAUGAGGCGCUGGCAGCUUUCGGUUCGAGCUCGGCCGUCGUCAGACCCGGCGACGCAGGAAACAGACAGCGACUCCACGGACGCCGUAUCAGAACCGGGAACGUCAAAGGACGCCGGAGAUCAGAAGUCCGUUGGCGAAGCUUCGCCCGUUGUGUCCGACCACGGAGAGGACGGCAGCGGUGGUGAGAACGAGACGGCAAGUCAGGAGGCCAGAAACGACGAACUUAAAACCGACGAAUCUUCUUCAGAGGCCGCUUCUCCUCGCGAUGUGCUGAAAAUGGUUUACGUUGACGAAUCAGAGGAAAGCAAAGAAAAACCGGAGGAGGAAGAGGAGGAAACGACGGCGGGAGCAGACAUCAGCGAGAUGGACCCCACGACUUAUCUGAAAGAGGACGAGAAACAGACAAACUAUGAAAUAGAAGAGGAAGAUGAGAACAGGAAGGAGGAACAGGAGAACAGUAAGGAGGAAGAGGAGGAACAGGAGAACAGUAAGGAGGAAGAGGAGGAACAG